AUUGGUGUAGUUGAAUACAUAUGGAUAUAUGGAGUAAAGGAGCGUGACCCACAACAAACAGUUGAUAUCAAGAAAUAUGGGAAACACUGGAUUCUUAUCCGAGAUAUUUACCUAUCCUUGGUUCCAUACAUAUUUGGUGCUGCUUUGGAGCAUAUUAUAUCGAACAUUGGGAAAUACAGCAUUGGCCGUCUAAGACCUCAUUUCUUUGAUGUGUGUAAAGUAGACUUUAGUAAAGUGAAUUGUUCAGCUGGAUAUAUUGAGGAAUUUGAAUGUCUGGGUGACAAUAAAAACAGAAUUAGGGAAAUGAGGUUAUCUUUCCCAUCAGGUCAUGCAUCAUUUUCAUCGUACUGCGCUAUAUAUCUGAUGAUAUUUCUACAACGAAGGCUAACAUUUUUGUUCAAGUCUUUAAUAAAGCCUGUACUACAGACACUGAUAUUUGCUAUGGCUUACUACACAUGUCUUAGCAGAGUGUCAAACUACAAACAUCAUCCAACUGAUGUGAUAGCUGGUGCGGUUAUAGGCUGUGGUGUUGCAGUAUUAGUGGCAUACUGCGUGUCAGAUUUAUUCAGUAUGGCAGAUACAAGGGAGACAUAUAGGGAAAUGUACAUGAACAUGAAGGGACAGAGUGGCAGAGAACAGAACUCAGAUACUGAGAAAAUAUCGGACACUGAUGUCAGAAUGUGACGGGAAAAGUUGACAACUGGAAUUGUGGAUGUAACAGAUACUUCAAAAUUAGAAAUCACACUUGCUUAAAUCUUCUCUUAGUUUCUUUAACUCCACUGAUUUUAUGGAGUGGACUGGUCCAUCUUUGAAUUUGAAACUGUCCAUUUGUAAUGAAUUCCAUGGAUUUUUGUAUCUAAGUAUUACAAUGGAGCAGCUGUUUAGUAUUUUAUUUUAUGAGUAUGACCACUCUAUAUGGAUAUGCAGGUCAGGAAGACUGUAUAGUCAUACAUGUGGACAAAGGCCAUCUGACCGAUAUUACAUUUAUAAACAAGGGGUCCUUAUUUAGAGGUUACUCUGUUCUGUGAAAUCAGCCACAGUUUUUGAGGAAUGGCCUUUAUUAAUAGGAUGAUCUUAAUUCAAAGAAAGUCUUUAACACAAGUUUGACUGUAUAAUGAUAAUUAAUCUUUGUCAUAAUUGAAUAUUUUGACAUAAUACCAGGGUUUUUUUACAUUAUUCAUACAUGAUUUCAAAGAGAUUCUUCAUUUGUAUAAAAGUUUAAGAUAAAGACAUAAUAACUUUAUAUUCAAUAUACUAACAUAUUAAUGGAUUAUUAAAUGGCAAAUUUCCCUUUUGAUCCCCAUUAUUUUCAUUUCUUAGAUCCUACAGAAAGUCUAGGUCAAGCGGAAAAUAAUUGGACCACUCUGAAAUUAGAAAUGUUUUGAUUCAUUUCAUUUAAAUGAUCUAAUUCUGAAGAUUUCUAACACUACAUGCAUAUUCUCUGUAUAAUUUACAUCAUAAACAAUAUUGUACUUCCAUUGUAACUGCAUUGGUGUGUAAAUGAUGUAAUUUCCAGAGUAAAAAUAAUUAUUGCAGGUCAAUAUGACAUUUAGAGGGCUGAUAUAGAAGGAAUAUUAAUGCAG